AUGGCAAAACGUAAGCGGGUAGGCACCGAUGCCAGAUCAGAGCCACCUAUUGGCUUGAAACAGCAGGUGGCGCACGGAAAUAAUGAAGCUAUUCUUGCUGAUGACGAUUAUCCUAAGCAAUUUCGCCGAAUCCAUGCAUACAAGGGCAAUAGUGAGGACGAAGAUCCGCUCGACGGGACAGGUGAUCUAGACCAAAGUCACCCCUCGGUUGCCGCCCCGAUUGAUUCAGAUGACGGUGCAUCGGAAGACGAGAUCGAGGCAAAGGAUCACGCUGGAUCGUCCACUACUUCAUAUUCUGUCCAAAGCGAAACGAUUGAGCACGUAAAUGAGCUCCCAAAUGAGGAUGUUGCAACCAUUUCGUUCGGUGCACUAGCGAAAGCCCAGGCCACCUUGGGAAAUCCACAACGAACCAACCAUAACCGGAGUGCCGGCCGCAAAUCCCAAUCAUCGCAGUACGAAAAGGAUAUCGAAGCACUUGAGCGCCGUGCCGGGAAGAAAGACACUCGCGAUUUUGAUCGGACGUCAAAACACGCCCCAGCUGAGCUGUCCUCCAAGAAGGCUGUCUCGCGAAAGCGCUCUGCAAUCCCCGUCCACCACCCUGACAUCCGAGAUCCACGAUUCGAGCGAACCAGCGGCUCUGUCAAUCGUGAACAAGUGAGGAGAAACUAUGCUUUCCUUUCCACAUACCGUGAUGGGGAGAUUGCGGAAUUAGAAGCUGGACUCCGCAAGACUAAAGAUGCGAACGCAAGGGAGAAGAUGAAGAAAGCUUUGUUAAGUUUGCAGUCGAGAAAGCGGACGGAGGAGUCGAAAGAGCAGCAGCAGGAAGUACUGAGGACUCAUCGGAGGGAGGAGAAGGAGAAAGUCAUGAAGACCGGGAAGAAGCCGUUUCAUCUGAAGAAGAGUCAGAUCAAGGAACGGGCAUUGCUGGAAAGAUUCAAGGGUUUGAAGGAGAAGCAGAUAGAUAAAGCAAUCGAGAAGAGGAGACGAAAGGUCACUGCUAAAGAGCGGAAGGGGAUGCCAAUAGAGAGGAGAGAGUGA